UUUCUCAAUGCGAGGGCCUAAGUUGGGGACAUAUUCCAGCGCGCGCCUUGCACAUUCACUUGUUAGUUAUAUAACUCGUUCAGCUUGUCAUUGUGUCACCUCGUGAUAAACUUCACAACGACUUUCCACCGUGCCUGAACCGACGUCACUCGUCUUUCCGCGUCUCUGCCCUGACGCCAAAUGUUCAGCUGGCAUCUAUAACUGAAAGUGCCUUUAAUACAACUUGCACUGCGCGAACGCGCGCAGCGCGCUGCUGGCAAUGGCAGCAAGUGCGACCGGCCUGCUGCCUAUUGCAGACGUUCUGCAGCAAAUUGAGGCACUGGUACAGGUCCUGCCACUCUGUACGGACACUCAAGAAGCACCAUGCCGCGAAGACCCCACUUCUGCGCGUGGCGUAGCCAUUUAUACCCAAAACUCAGACGUAGUGUGCACGUCCGACAUCCUGUUGCCAGGAUUCAACAUGCUGCCCAGGUGGCUGCUCGGCGCGGUGUAUCUCCUGUUCCUGCUGUACCUUUUUGCUGGAGUCGCGAUCGCAUCCGACAUGUUCAUGGACGGCAUUAUGAAUAUAUGUGCCAUCACCAAGAUAUACAAGCGCAAGAACGAGAAGGGCGAAACCAUUUACGUCAAGGAGCCGGUUUGGAACUGGGUUGUGGCCAACAUCACACUUAUGGCUCUCGGCACAUCAUCGCCAGAGAUCAUGCUUUCGCUGGUUGAGGCGUUGCUCACGCUCGGCAAGCCCGCGGGCGAGCUGGGUCCUAGCUGCAUCGCCGGCUCCGCUGCAUACAACUUCCUGAUGAUCUCCGCCGUCUGCACCACUGCUCUGCCGGACGGGCAGUUCAAGAAGAUUAGUCAGCUGCGCGUGUAUGUGGUCACGGCGGCCUGGAGUAUCUGGGCCUACAUAUGGAUGCUGAUCGUGUACGUCUACUGGACACCCAAUGAGGUUACGCUGGCGGAGGCUUUCCUCACACUCGGCUUCUUCGUCCUCAUGGUGUUGACUGCCUGGAUCGUCGACAAGCAGCCGUGGAAGAAAAACAACAAGGGUGGCCGCCAAUCUUCGGAGAUCAUCUCCAGGUCGGACCCCGAGGCACCUGCUGCCCUGCCGCCGCCGAGCGUGACCGCGAUUGUCGUGAGCCCUGCUCCCGAGCAAGCACCGGGCGAGGCGCCCGUGAGGACGCACGCACACUACAGGCACAUCCUGGCUGCGCGCCAGCGCCACGCGGCGGCGGCGCACCGGCGGCUGCCUGGCGCACAUGGCGAGGGCGGCGACACUGAGCUGCAGCUCGGCUCGGGUGGGCACGCCUACGGCGAUGUGGUGGUGCCGGCAGACCCGACCAAGGAGCAAGUCAUGUUCAGGAGCCGCGCGUAUGCGUUCCUGGAGUCGGCCGGCACGGCGCGUGUGGCGGUGACGCGUGUGGCCCCGGAGGGCGGCAGCCUGGAUCACCCGCUGCGGGUGCACUACAGGACCGAGGACGGAGAUGCGGUGGCCGGGCUGGACUAUGAGGCGCGCGAGGGCACGCUGCACUUCGCUCCUGGCGAGGCGUACAAGUAUGUGGAGGUCCGCAUCAUCGAUGACGACAUGACCGAGCCCGACGUGCACUUCAGCAUUGUACUCACAGGCGCUGACGCGCCCAACGGCGCCGGCAGGGAGGUCCUGGUGGCGCAGGAGCGUGUGCGUGUGACCAUUGUGGACGACGACGACGCGGGUGUCAUUGGCUUCGAGCUGCCCGAUUACGAGGUGGCCUUUAACGAGAAGCGCACCUUCGCCGAGGUGACGUUGGUGCGCCGACGCGGGGCCGACGGCCGCGUUACGGUCGAUUAUGAGACUCAGGACCUGUCGGCCGUGGCCGGCGACGACUACGUUGCCGCCAAGGGCACGGUGGUGUUCGAGUCGGGAGAGAAGAGCGCAAGGGUUCGGCUGCAGCUGCUACAGUCGUUCGUGCCCGAGGCGCACAAGGCUCUGCAACUGGUGCUGAGCAACCCGGAGGGCGGGGCAGAGCUCGGCAAGCGCAGCGCCUGCAAAGUGACGCUGGUGCGGAGGCAGUUCACGUUGAUGCCGGGUGCAGCCACCGCCGCGGGGCAAAAGGAGGGUUUGGAGCUCGGCAACGGCAGCAUCAAACUGGUAGGCGGCGCCGAGGGCGGCGCGGGCAGCGACAAGGGCGAGGGAGAGGGAGAGGAGUUCAACCUGUGGUCGGCUUGGCGCGAGCAGAUUGUGUCUGUGUUCAGCCCGGACGAGCCGGACGAGGGCGAGGUGGUCAGCUGGGCCGGCCUCAUGCUGCAGUACAUCAACAUCACUUGGAAGCUGGUGUUGUUCAUCCUGGUGCCGCCCGCCGAGUGGAAGGGCGGCUACCCGUGCUUCUUCGCGGCCCUGGGCAGCAUCGUUGGGAUUGUGUACCUGGUAAACGAGGCCGGGUCCCUGUUUGGAUGCAUCAUCGGACUCAAGGAGGUGAUGGUGGGUGUUUCGAUCGUGGCGGUUGGCACCUCCCUGCCCGACACGCUCGCGUCUCGCAUCGCGGCCGUCAAGGACCCGGACGCCGACGCCGCCAUCGGCAACAUCACCGGCAGCAACGGAGUAAACGUGUUCCUGGGGCUGGGGCUGCCGUGGGCCGUGUGCUCCGUGUACUACCACGUGCGAGGGGAGAAGUACGUCACGCCGGGCGGCGACCUGGAGUUCGCAGUCAUGCUGUACGCCAUCCUGGGCGGCUGCGGCAUCUUCAUCCUGGCAGUGGCGCGUUACUUUGGCGGCGAGCUGGGCGGAACCAAAUUGCGGCAGUACAGCAUUGCGGGCCUGCUGACCGUGCUGUGGCUGCUGUACCUCAUCUUGUCGGGUCUGCGCGCGUACGGUAACAUUUGAACAUGCAUAGAUACCGACAGGCAGCGUUGGUGUUGAUUAUUUCAUUAAGAACGCCACCGAUAUGAUCCUAAGCAUUUGAUUGCGACACUGGUGAAGCGUUGCGUCGGGUUGGAUAUGAUCCUUGGCCGGUCGGGUUGACUUCCCAUGCGUAGGGGGGCGGGGGUAGGCGUUCAUGCAUGAAGAGCGGAGUGAUCAAAUCACAGCAUAUGAAGUGCCAACGUCCAGUAGGAGCAGCUGGGGGCCAUUUCAUCGAGGCUGACGGCAAUCAUUUGGUUUCGUUUGCAUUGACAAGCUCUGAUGACUCUGUAGCAACCUCCGUGGGAUGUGCGGGCAGCUAGCGGGAAUGCUUGCAGGCCAGCAGCAACAUGCCAUGCGCCAUGUUUCGCCUUGAGACUGCAAGGUUGUACGUACCUAUGGUAUUGGAGGAGGCCUUGUAAAGUUGUAAGCCACUCUAUCU